AUGCUACCUUAUGAAUGUUUAGAAAAUAUUAUUUUAAAUCUAGAGUAUGAUAUUUAUUCAUUACAUUCUUGUUUGCUUGUAAAUAAAGCUUGGUGUGUAAUUUCCGUGUCUAUACUAUGGAGAUGGACAUUCAUUAAUACUCAUAGAGGAGAAUUUGAUUCACCAUUUCUUGUUCCUUCUUAUUUUCCAUUUUUAUCCGAAGAAUCAAGAUCUUUAAUCGGCAUUAAAUUAAUAUCAUCAAAAAGUGGUGAUGGUGGUGAUAAUAUUGGUGACAAUGGUGGUAAUAUACAAUUUAACAAACCUCUUUUUAAUUACCCAUUAUAUUUAAGAGGAUUUAGUUGUGAUAAAUUGAUUAGAAUGUCGGCAGUUUGGGUAUCUUCUUUAUCAAAUUCAUCAAACAUGACUGAUAACACUGGAUACUACCAAAGAAUCGUUCUUGGUCAGGAUAAUCAAAAUUUAAUGAUUGUUGUUGCAAAAGAACUAUAUAAAUUGUUUUUAAAUCAAUCAAAAUGUUUGGAACGUUUAGACAUUGAUACGCUUGGGUUUACUGAUGAUAUUUGUUAUAAUAAUAGACUGUCAAAUUUACGAAAGUUUACGUGUGGCAAUAAUAUUAUUAAAAAAGAUAUUUUUAUUCUUAUUUCUAAAUGUUGCCAGCUUAUCAAAGAGUUGAAGAUCAUUAGCAUCUAUUAUGAUGAUCCUGCAACUGAUGCCUUAAUUGAUCUCAUUAAAUCACAAAAAAAUCUGAAAAAAUUCACUAUAUCACAAGGUGUUCAACUAUCAAGAGUUCUGGAAUCACUUGAAUCACAAUCGGAUUCUUUAAAGUUCUUGAAAUUAAACAUUUGUAAUUUAGACAAUACUGACGAGAAAUUAUUGAAGGGUGUUACUCAAUGUAAAAAUUUGGAACAAUUAAAAUUUCAUGCAUGUCGUGAAUUGACAAGUUCUUUAUUAAAACCAUUAGUUGUUAGUAGCAAAGAUGCAUUGAACAAAUUGAAAGUGUUGGACUUUUUUUCUUCUAUACCACCUGAAUAUGAAUUAUCUUCAAUUGUUAUUAAUUCCAGUAAAAGUUUAAGAGAGUUAAGUUAUGGCGGUGUUGGCAAUUUAGAAAGAUAUCCUCAUAUGAUUGAUAUAAUUGCUGACAAUUGUCCAAAUCUUGUAAAAUUAAAUAUUAAAGCGACGCAAAAACCUUUACCACAGUUAUCAAAUCUCUUUAAAAAAUGUAAGAAAUUGCAAAUUGUUAGAAUAAAAGGAAAACCAAAUUCAGGCGACAGAGUUGAUAAUGAAUUGUUACCAAGAUUAGCCGAAUUCACACCUUUAUCGUUGAAAAAGUUUGAACUGACAACAAUUUGUGCCUUUUCUUUUGAUUCCACUCAAAAAUUUUUGAAAAAUUGUAAUUCACAUAUUCAGGAAAUAACAUUACGUUGUUUAGGAGAUCAUAAUUUGUAUCUUGAUGCAUUUAAAAAAUAUGGUAAAGAGAAAGGCAUGGCGUUUAAGUCUCAUCACAUAGCACCUUUAAGAUAUGAUGCAAAAGAUAUCAAAAUCGUUUUCUCUCCUGAUUUUUCACAUGAUCAUAUUGUUUGGCAUAAAUAA